AUGGCCAGUGCAAAUCGGUCCCGAUUUUUUUCGACAAGAGAAGUUUUAGACGCGCUUGAUGGUGAUUCUGGUUCUGAAUUGGAAGUCAAUUCUGAUUCAGAAGGUGAGGAGGAAGACUCUGACGAUGCUCAGGCCCCAGAUUAUGGGGAUAGUGGUUCAGAUUAUGAGCCUGAGGCUUCAGGUUCAGGUAAUCAGCAUGCAUCUACUGACAUUAGUGAUAACGAAAGUGAUACAGUAACUGCUAUACCUGCCAAUGCCCCUAAACGUAAACGGGAUGCAAGUCCUGCCCCAUCUUCUGAUAGUCCUUCAUCAAGAAGCCCUUCCCCCCAGCCUAGGGAUCCAGUGCAGGCCCGAGGGCGGGGCAGCGUCCGAACACGUGGCGGUGGUGUUAGAGUUCGUGGACGUGGACGUGGACGCGGUGUAGGGGGAGGGAGGGCUGGCCGUAUUGCACCCCCUCAGAGAGCUUGGGAUGGUGAUCCUGCUGAGCUACCUGAUUUGCCAGCAUUUACAGGAGAUCCUAAAGUGAACCUUGACUUUGGAGAUGGCUUCCCUACUGCUCUUGAAGUUGUUGCUAAAUUUCUUGAUCAGGAUUUUUUCCGUCAUGUCAAGGAACAGUCAAAUCUAUUUCAUAGGCAAAAGAAACAAAGUGGUAAAAGGUAUUCUGUAAAUAGCUAUGUGGAAACUCACCAGACAGUCACCAUAGCAGAUCUGAAAAUCUUCCUGGCUAUUUUGAUACACAUGGGCCUUGUAAAAAAACCACAUAUUCGAGAUUACUGGUCUAUGAAAGGGGUGAACAAAACUACAUUUGCUAAAUCCAUUAUGCCUAGGAAUAUGUGGUGUUCUAUCCUGUCUAUGCUUCAUGUGGCAGAUAACACACACUACAUACCUAGAGGGCAAGAUGGACAUGACCCUCUUUAUAAAAUGAGGCCAAUAACUGAUAUGUUUCUGCAGAAAUUCAGGGAUGCUGUGUCUCCAACCCGAGAGAUCAGCCUAGAUGAAGGAACAUGUGCAUUCAAGGGCAGAGUGUCAUUUCGUGUUUACAAUAAAGAUAAGCCAGAGAAAUGGGGGAUAAAACUCUAUGAAGUCUGUGAAUCCAAAGGUGGUUAUUGCUUCGAAUUUGAGGUGUUCACCGGACGAGAAAACCAGCAGACCCAGGAUAUUACUUACCAUACAGUGAUGCGUCUCUGUGAUCCCCAUCUGGACAAAGGGCAUAUUUUGUACAUGGACAGAUACUACAGCAGUCCAAAGCUAUAUGAUGAACUGUGGAAUAGGGGAACUGUUGCCACUGGGACUGUGAUGGCCAACAGAAAGGGACUUCCACCUCAUGUGAAGGACAAACUGAGGAACAAGGGAGAUAUCGUUGCUUGGCGCGAGGGCUCUCUACUUUGUCUGAAGUGGAAGGACCGGAAAGAUGUGUUGAUUCUCUCAACACAGCACAACAAUGCCACCCAGCAGGUCAUGGUAAGAGCUCAAGGGGGUAGAAGACCCAAACAGAAGCCAGUUGCCAUUCAAAACUACAACGACUUCAUGUCAGGAGUAGAUCUUAGCGACCAGAUGAUGCAGUACUAUGCAUUCAAAAGAAAAACUCUAAAGUGGUGGAAGAAAUUAUUCUUCCAUAUGAUAUACCUUGCUCUUGUCAAUGCAAGAUGCUUCUACAACAAACUGCUUGCUGCAAAGGGAGAUGGCAAGGUGGCUUUGAAACCUUUUCUUGAGGAUGUCUGUGAGCAACUUGUAGAAUCUGCUGGUGUCGACCGGGAUGAUGAUGACAUUGAUGACGGGGACGCCGCGAGACUCGUUGCUCGUCAUUUCCCAUCCCAAAUCCCCCCCACAGACAAGAAGCAAAAGCCCACCAGGCAAUGCAAAGUCUGUUUUGCUCAAGCCCAACAUCAGAGAAGAGUAGAAAAUAGAGGGAGACCUGAUAAUAGACGAAAAGAAACAUCCUACUGGUGUGAGGAAUGUGGGGUUGCCCUCUGCGCUGUCCCAUGUUUCCGGCUGUUUCACACAGUGAAAAACUACCAUUUGAUUUAG